AUGAGUGUCAACCAAGAAGGAUACGAGCUCCGACUUCAAGUUGUGCAACAAAUUCUUGCACAAUUUGGCUUGAAGUCUACAAAAGUCACUCCGGUCGCCUACGUCGAGCAUAGCCCAUUCCAUUUCAAUAACUUCAUCUACAAGAUCGACCUGGCUCAGCCGGCAUUCCCCAAUUCUUUCCCUGGAAAACAGCCAGGAACGUCGGCUGCCCCUGCAGAAGGCAUCGCCACUUUAGCAGUUCGCCUGAGUAACGCACGCGCCGAAGGCUUGAACAACACAAACAGAGUGGAGAACGAAGUGGGUGCACAAUACCUGGCUCGGAAGUCCCUUGAAGCUGCCGGCCUAGCUCCUGUUGUUCCUGCCGUGUAUGCGUGGUCACCUUGCCGAUACCUCGAGGUUCCUAAUGAAAACGGGUUUGGAUGGUUUGUGAGCGAGUUCAAAGACGGCGAAGACUUGGACAGCCACUUUUCCUCCCUUUCAAUUGCCAACAAGAAGGAAGUGAUUGGGCAGAUUGCCGACUUGUUCGCCGCCAUUCAACGUGCUCAAAUUCCAGAGGGAGUGACUGGCUUUGGCGCUCUUACGUUUGACGCCCAUGGCAAUUUGGUCAGCGGCGAAAUGCCGUUAUUGACCGGAGGGCCAUGGCAGUCGUACGCUGAGGCGUGGAAACAAAGGUUGCAGUCUGAACUCCGGAACGCUGAGAAAAGUCAGCUCCUCCGAGGAUGGGAAGAUGAAGGCCUCAGGAAAGAACUAGAUCAGUUCUUGGAGAGUAGGGGCGUCGAGAAGUUGCUCACUGGAGUGGAUAUCAACCAAAGGACGCUGGUUCACGGUGACUUCACCAUGAACAAUAUGCUUUUCGACAGCACUACCAAACGUGUAACCUCAGUGUUGGACUUUGACUGGUCGUGCGUGACGCAUCCUGGUGAAGAAUUCUUCUCCGGGCUGUGGGAUUUAGGUGGAGGCUUUGAUGAUAGAACGGAAGACAUCCAAGGCUCGAUUCUGACUGGGAAUUUUGACACCACCCAUGAAUUCGCAUCUGGGCAAGAUGCUGAGAAGUGGGAAGUGGCAAAGGCCUGGAAUGAAGCUGCUUCUCGACGAGGGAUCUUGAGGCCGAGUUCUAUUCGAGGAAUGGAGAAUCUUCUGGCUCUGAAGGAUCUAGAAGCUGGAUAA